AUGAAGGUUAUAGAAGAUCUUGUGAGUGAGCUCAUGAAGAAUGACAAUGCUUGGCCAUUUCUCAAGCCUGUCACAGUCAAAGAGGCACCGGAUUAUUUUGAAAUAAUAAAUCGUCCAAUGGAUUUAUCAACAAUAAAGUACAAGAUAUACAGAUUUGAAUAUCCUGAUCAAUAUUCAAUCAUCGACGACCUAAGGUUGAUGUUUGACAACUGUAAUUUAUACAACAGCCCUAACACACCAGUCCAUAAUGCAGGCCUCUCCCUAGAACAGUAUCUCGAUCAACGACUUGAGCAAAUUGAAAAUGCUUCCAUAAAUGGAGACAUGCCCGAAGGUAAAAUAUCAAGAUGCCAUGCUAAGAGAAACAGUUUAUGAUGAAAAUAACACGUUUUCAAUAUUUUAAUGUUUAAGUUUAUUAUAUUAGAUUAUUAUGUUGAUUGUUUUUGUGAUUGCCUUUUGAUGAAAAUUUUUUAAUGUUGACUUUCUUCAAGAAAGUUGCUUGUUCAAGAAAUGUUACUAUGACGAAAUUUUUUUUAUUUAUAAACUAUCACGUUUUAACUGGCGUUAGUUAUUUGUGUUUUCAAAUUUCGGUUCAAGUGUUGUCUGACGUCAUUUUAAUACGUUUAUUUUGUCCGUUACUUUACAAUAAUUGGUUAGGUUAGGAGGUUGUUUUUGUAUUUUUAAUUAUACUGCGUUCUGAUGUCCAAUAAGAAUUCUACUAAGUUUUUAUUCGUUGGGCAUGUUUUUGUUGAAAUAGUUUUCUCAUUGGUAAUGAAUGGAUUGUUUUUGUACCACUUCAGUGUUUUCAAAGGAAUAAUGCUUAAUUUGUUUUGUUGGUUUUUGCAACUAAUUGAUUGAAUUGCUAGGAUAAUUGAAUUUUUUUGUCAUAUGCAAAUACUUUUCCUUAAACGACCAAUUUGACUGAUAGAGCAAUAUGUCCCUCAUAUGAUUUUUCAGUUAUUCAAGCUCAUUGUCAUUGUUUUUUACUUGAAGAGAGCAUAUGUAUCUGCCUAAUGUGUUGAAGUUUGUAUAUAUUUUAAAUAAAUUACUACAAAGAAAUA